GUUGUUGUCUUACGUUGGCGCACCCGCCGAGGGUCUGUCAACGGAAGAAUCAAUCAAAACAAACAUUGUUAUUUUUAGUGUCGGUGCUUCGCGGGGAGGCGUUAUUCGCUAACCAGCGGACGGCGCGCUACGACGCCGGCAGUGCGCAGUUUCGCUACUUUUCUAAACGAGUUACUCGAGGCACGAGCCAUGUUUUCGCCCUCUGAUUUGAUGAAGCGCGUAGGCGUGGGCGGCGGGCUGGUGCCGUUCUUCAAGUGCGUCUGCGUGUACUUCCUGGCCGCCAGCGGAGCGCCCAGCCCCGGCGCCGCGGCCGCCAAGUGCGCGCCGGUGCUGUGCCUGCUCGCAGCCGUCCUGCUGCUACAGCCGAGGCCCCCGCAGGCAACCGACCCUGACCCUGACCAUGAUAAGGAGAGACGGCGUUACGCGCGGCGCAUCGCCCUCGGCCUGGCGCUGUCGGCCCUGGGCGACGCUCUCCUAGUGUGGGAGCAGCACUUCGCCGCCGGCAUGGCGGCCUUCGCCCUCGCGCACGUGGCGUACAUGUGCGCGAUGCGCGCGCGGGCAGCCAAGCGCCGCGCCGGGCUGCUGCUGUACGCCGGCGCGGCCGCGUACUGCGCCGCGGUGACGCCGCCGCCGGCGCUAGCCGUCGCCGUCCCUCUCUACGCGGUACUGUUGGUGAGCAUGGCGUGGAGAGCGCUGCGGACGCUGCCGCUGCCCGAGAACACAUGUCCGCGGUCAUACGCGGCGCCCGCCGGCGCGUUACUCUUUGUCCUCUCCGAUGCGUUGCUAGGUUACUCUCUAUUCCGCGGUCCGCUGCCGUACCGACGGCUGUUGGUGAUGUCGACGUACUACUUGGGGCAGCUGGGACUGGCUCUGAGCGCGCUGUUGCCGCCUCCGCUCCCGCUCUCCGCACAAUAAACUUAUCUUCCGUGUAUGUUGUGGAGCGUUGGCCCUAAUAUCAGUAGCUUGGUUAUUUUUAAAGCUUUUCUUUCUUUUUAAAUCUUGCGAUCGUACUUUGAGACAUUUUACCACAUAAUCUCUAAGGCCCGCAAUCGCCUACUGUCUGUCUCUAUCUGUAAGAGUAUUCUAUCUACUCCUAUCUGCCAAAGGGGAGAGAAUCUCUCUAUUUGACAGCAUUGGCUCGGUACCACAGAACUUGAACCAUAUUCAUCACAAAAUAAUGACGGAAUGAAUAUAGCAAAAACUAACCAAUCUACUGAGGCCUGGGUGAGGUGUUGGGUAGAUGUAAGCGUCCGCCGGACGGCGACCGGUCUGUGAUAUGUGCUCGGCUCUUAUUGGAUGUUUUAAUCCUCCUUACAGGUAUUUAAGUGUAUACUAUACUAACAACAUUUAACUGGCCAUCGUAGACCUUAUGCCGUCGUAAUAAGGUUUACAAAUUGUCAGUUAACAAUGUGGACGACGCUGGUAAAGUCCGUCCAAGCUAACUUUGCACCGACUUUGAACAAAGUGAGGGAUGUGCCAUUAUAAACGCGGCAUAUUUUCAUAGAAAUUUGACAUGAAUGAUGACAUUGACACAUUGUUAUUAUAAAUGGCAUGCAGAGUUAGCGUGGUCCGACUAUAUCUAUGUGGAUGUGGAUACCAUUCGCUGUUAAAAUUACAAUAUAUUUCGAAAUUUCAUACACAUUGAGUUUGAAAAAUUGUCUUAUACUUACUUUUUGCAAUGUGCGGGCACCGGUAAGCCUUUAUAUGCAUUUGAUUACAAUUAGAUGUUAGCCCACUAUUCGAAAGCACAGCAAGCGAAUGGAAAUUCCUUGAGAUAUUGCUAAGUUCUUGAAAUAUAUAAAAAAUGGAUAUUCACUCGUAGUGCCAGUUGAAAUCUCACUCAAGGCGGUGAAUUUUACCAUUUUUCAAGCAGCUCUGUUUAUUACAAAAGUAAUUUGUAUCGUUAACUAUGUUGUGAAAGUGAUAUGUUAGAACUGAGCGCAUAAUGAACGAGCUCUGUACCUAUUGUUCCCAAUUAUGUGUAUGUUGCUGGUGUGCACACCUGAUGGGGAAACUACACUUUUUUUAAUAAUUAUCGGAAUUUUAGGAAAAUUUCAUAAGAAAUAAGGUAAAUGUGGAGAACCAACAUAUUUUUUUUGUUAAGGGGGGGUUAAUAGGGCGAGAACUGUUGUCGCUCAGACACAGUCAGAACAGAACGGAAGAGCUUCGCUCCUGCUCUUGCCACAGAGCUUUUCGUAAGUGAAGUGCGUGUACAGUCGACGCCAAAGAUAUGUUUACAUUUUUCGCAAAAGUGUAAACAUGUUUUUAAGCAAAACGACGACAACGUCGGCUGUACAAUCGCAAGAGAUAGAAGCGAUAACGAUGAAAGAAAUCGUAGACGGUCUUACCUUAUUUCCAACGACUAAGUUUCCAAAAUUUCCGGGAACUUCAAGUUUUUGGAAAGUUUCCCCAUGUUGCACAUACCUAGACUAUUAUGUAGAGUAUAUAAUGUAGUGUGUUGGAGCGCGUGGCGCCACCGCGACCCUUCCACAGCGGCGGCGCGGCCAAAUGUAUGUAGUUACUGUCCUACUGUAGUUACUAGCUGUCCUACUGCAGUUACUAGCUGUCCUACCGUAGUUACUAGCUGUCCUACUGUAGUUACUAGCUGUCCUACUGUAGUUACUAGCUGUCCUACUGUAGUUACUAGCUGUCCUACUGUAGUUACUAGCUGUCCUACUGUAGUUACUAGCUGUCCUACUGUAGUUACUAGCUGUCCUACUGUAGUUACUAGCUGUCCUACUGUAGUUACUAGCUGUCCUACUGGAGUUACUAGCUGUCCUACUGUAGUUACUAGCUGUCCUACUGGAGUUACUAGCUGUCCUACUGGAGUUACUAGCUGUCCUACUGUAGUUACUAGCUGUCCUACUGUAGUUACUAGCUGUCCUACUGUAGUUACUAGCUGUCCUUCUGUGUAGCCCUCAGCUGCCUAGCCUAGACGUAAGCUAACUUUAUCUAUAUAGACUGUCUCGUAAUCGUAACAAUCUCACUCGUGGAUCUGCGAACCGAACUAAACAAACAUAUCUGGAAAUGUAUUUUUCUAUUCACGCUAGAGGAGUAGGUUUUUCAAAAUAAGCACGUUUUCAAGUAUCAAGCGUAGUAUUUUUCAAACUGGAAGGGUACGAUGAUAUAUGGUAAUUCAAUACAAUUUUGCGACAUUUGGCAUAUUUGGGAUAUACUUUGUAUGGAGAUGACAUCUAUCAUUCGUACCCUUCCAGUUUGAAAGAUAUUUGGAGCAGACUGUUUCAACCGUAAUGUCCGUAAUAAUAUCGAUGUUACCAGUACUCACGACCUACUUUAAAACAAUCGUAAUUUUGAUCAAUUUAACUCAAUUAAAAUAAAAGCAAAUAUAUUUUUAUUGCCGUGGCCGGGUGGUCUGGUCUAAAGUCUAAAGACGCGGGUUCGAUUCCCGCCUCGGCCACUACUGGACUUGGUCACUUUUUUUUAGUGUGUGUUAUCUAUUUCAGUUUAUAAAAUAAACAAACAAAAAAAGUUGACCUAAUUUAUAUGGUCCAAUGGUUCAUAUAAUGACAUUUAUUAGGUGUGGUUAUGGUUACUGUAUGUUAAUAUUUAUUUAAUAAGUGAAUUCCUUAUGUAGAGUAAGCGUAGAAUAGGGGAUGUGCAAUUUUUAGAACAUUGUUUAAGCAAAUCAUAUUUUAUUAUAAUGUUAUCUGUACGUGUUAUAUAUACAUAUAAAAUAAACGGAGAAGGUUAAA